AUGCCCACCGCAACCACCACAACCACCUACCUCCUCCGGCACCCCACGCCCACGGAGCUCACCCACAUCCGCACCCAGCACUCCACCUGCUGGGCCGGCGCCCUGUCCGUCUCCCAGUACCUCACGCGCGAGGACCACAUCGCCUCCACACACCUGACGCGCAACGGCGGCAUGACGCAAUGGGUGCUCGUCGACGCCGCCGACGCUGACACCGGUGGGCACAUCCUGGCCUCGUGCGAGGCCAUCCAGAAGAAGGCAUUUGUCUCGCACCCGCCUGUCGACGGCGAGAAGCGCGUACCCGUGGAGGAGGUCGUGGCGUACGGCAUUGGCAGCGUCUUCACGCCGCCAGAGUGCCGCGGGAAGGGGUAUGCGAAGGUGAUGUUGGCGAUGCUGGGUGAGCGGUUGAAGAGGAGGGGUGGGCAGAGGGUGGGGUUCUCGGUGCUGUAUUCGGAUAUUGGGAAGCAAUUCUACGCAAAACUCGGCUGGCUCCCGCACAAGUCCUCCCACAUCGAGCUCCCCGUCCGCACACCCACCCCCGCACGCCUGCACCCCUCGCGCGUGCAGCCCCUCUACCACGACGACAUCGCGCCUCUCUGCGCGCUCGAUACCGCCGCGCUACGCACGGCGCUCUCCACCCGCCACCCCAAAACUCGCGUCGCCUUCGUGCCCGACUAUAGCACUAUGCACUGGCACCACAGCCGCGAGGAGUUCAUCGGCGCCUGCGUGCGGCCGGACCUCGGCGCUCCCGCGAUCAAGGGCUGCAUCACCACCUGCGGCACCCGCUGGAUGAUGUGGGGCCGCGACUUCAGCGUCGCGGGGCCAAGACUGUAUGUGCUCCGUAUCGUGGAUUUUGGGCCCGAGGAGGGCCGGCGGGAGGAUCUGGCGGCGAUGUUGAGUGCGGCGGUGGAGGAGGCGGGGAGGUGGGGGUUGGGCAGGGUGGUGGUGUGGAGUCCGGCGGAGAGUGUGGUCGGGGCGGCGAGGGCGGUGGUGGACGGCGUGGUGGGUGUUGAGAGGGAGUGUGAGUCGAUUCCGAGCCUGAUGAUGUAUGGGAAGGGGGGGAGUGGGGAAGCGGAGGUCGAGUGGGUGCUGAAUGAGAAGUAUGCUUGGUGUUGA